AUGUUGGGCAACAUUCUUCGCACUUUGGCAUUCUCGGCCUUCGUCAGGCACGAAACAAAUAAUGUCUUAGCCGACAACAUCAUCACAUCAGACGAAGCCUUCUUCGGCCUAUCGCCUCCCAUUUAUCCAGCUUCCGUUGAACCUGGAUCUAGCGGCUGGGAAGAUGCAUUUUCCAAGGCGCGAGCUCUCGUGGGCCAGAUGACUCUGGACGAAAAGGUCGUGUCCUCUGUGUUAAAGCGAUGUGGUACAAAUUCAUUGACUCGGUUUGGUCAGGUGAAUAUUACCGGAGGUAUCUCGAUGAGCAACCUGUGCUCUGGCCACAUUCCUCAGAUCCCGCGACUCAACUUCUCCGACCUCUGCCUCAAUGACAGGCCAAGUGGGCUUCGCUCUACGAAUAUCUUGUCGAGCUGGUCCACUGCGAUUUCCGUUGGCGCCACCGCAUACAAACAACUGGACUCACAAUGUUCACUGGGCAUGGCUAGCGAAUUCAAAACUAAAGGAGUAAAUGUGGCUCUGGGUAAAGUUAUCGGUCCACUGGGACGCAUUGCCUCUUGGGGAGGGGGAUUCUCCAAUGACCCCUAUCUUGCUGGCGUAUUGGUAAAUGAAAAUGUCAACGGCAUGCAGUCAGCUGCCGCCAUCACCAGCACCAAGGUAAGCGAUGGUCGUUCAGAAUAUUCGGCAACAGCUGUGUCUUCAAAUGUAGACGACAAUAUGAUGCACGAACUUUAUCUCUGGCCUUUUCAAGAUGCCGUGAGGGCCGGAACUGGCUCUAUCAUGUGUUCGUAUCAACGUAUCAACAAUUCUUACGGCCGUGCAAAUAGCAAAAAUCCAAACGGGCUUCUCAAGACUGAAUUGGGCUUUCAAGUACACAAUCCUUAG